AUGAACCCCCGAGUAGGCGUAGGUGUUUUCGUCACCAAUCACAAGGGACAAAUAGUUCUCGGUCAGCGCAAAAGCAGUCACGGUGCUGGUACCUGGGCCCUACCCGGCGGCCAUCUCGAGUUUAACGAAUCGUUCGAAGACUGCGCAGCACGUGAAGUACUAGAAGAGACAGGCCUCAAAGUCCGCGACACACAGUUCCUUACAGCGACCAACGAUAUUAUGAAAGAAGAGGGGAAGCACUAUGUCACUGUUUUUGUGGGAUGCACGGUUGUUGGAGAUGAUGCGCAGCCGGAGGUUAGUGAUAUUGCCUCCUAG